UUGUUUCAGGGGGGUGAACUCGACUUAUGAAAUUCAGUCUGAUGAUGAUUACCAAGUGGGUCAGGGAAGGGCAUUUGCAAGUGGUCGAAGAAAAACUAAGAUUCUCUGUACAAUUGGUCCUUCCACAAGCUCACGUGAAAUGAUAUGGAAACUUGCAGAAACUGGGAUGAAUGUAGUGCGUUUGAAAAUGUCUCAUGGGGACCAUACGUCGCACCAGAAAACUAUUGAUCUUGUCAAAGAAUACAACUCUCUAUUCAAAGACAAGGUUAUAGCCAUAAUACUGGAAACCAAGGGUCCUGAGGUUAGGAGUGGAGAUGUACCACAACCAAUUCUGCUUACAGAGGGACAAGAGCUUAACUUUACAAUUAGAAGAGGAGUUAGCACCAAAGAUACCGUUAGUGUAAACUAUGAUGACUUUGUGAAUGAUGUGGAGGUUUGAGACAUAGUUCUGGUUGAUGAAAAUUACCCAAAACCAACUCUGAUUUUUUCUAUAUGUUAAGAACCAUUUUAUCCAAUUUUGAUGAAGUGCUUUUUCCCACAAACCAAUUUGCUCCUCCACCUCCUGCUUAUGAGCAACAACGUCCAAUUUCACUGGCACCUGACCGAGUACAUGAAAAUCAAAUGGACCCGAGGAUUUUGGAGAUGCAGGAUUCUUUUGAGGCCAUCCGCGCAAGGCAAUCCUCAUUCAGGGCUUUUAAGAUCCGGUUACUGAAUCGGCCUCGAGUCCAUUGAAGUUUGGGUCAUUACCUGCAGGAUCCGUCACUCUUACAGUAGCUAAUGGUUCGUCAUCAACGUUGUCGGCGUCAUCGAGAGGUAUACCGAUUUCUGAAAAACCCAACUUAAAACUUAGUCCUCAUGAAGUUACUUUGGGCUUGAAUAAGAAUUUUACGACUGCUUUUGUUAAUGGAAAUCAUAGUGAGCACACUACUACAGCGGUGAUGACCGAAGAACUUGUGUUAAAUGUUGAUAAAAAUAUUGCUAGAGGUUUUACUGGAGUGAAAUUUUCUGAUAGUUACGGUAGUGAUGUUGCCACCAGUAUAAUGUGGAGGAAUGAUGCUCAAACACAUUGCUUUCAACAUACUAGCUUUAGAGAUGGUUCUUCUGCAGGGUAUGGGGAACUGGUAUCCCAUAAUCAUAAUUCAGUUGGAAAUAUAAGAGUCGAUUUCCAUGAGAGAGAGGAAAAAGAACUUGAAGAUGCCUAUGGUGAAGAUGAUAAUGAGGAUGAAGGGGAAAAUGACAGUACAGAGAGUUAUGUUGACGGUGAAAGUUAUAGUGAUGAUUUUCAGAGCGUUGAUGGGCAAAUUGUGACAGAUUCAGAUGAAGAAGUGAUUACUGAUGAUGAAGGAAGCAGACUAUGCAUUAAAAAAGAGGCAUUGCUGGAAACUAUGUACCAGUCCAAGGACCCCAAGAGCUUUGACGAGGCGGAGAUGUUGGAGAAUCUGUUCAAUUGUUUGUGUGGUUUGUUGAUGCCAUUGGAGAACAGGGACAUUAAUGCUGGAAUCAAGGAAGAAACAAGUAGAAGAGAUGUUGGUGAUAGUUCCCUCGGUGCUGUUUCUUUGGAACCAUUGAAACUCACUAAGUUUGCAAAACAAGUCGCUGAGCAGCUAUUUGGCAGAGCUGAUAUACUGGAACUAAUUGCAGUGUAUGAAAUUUGUAUCAGUGCAUCUGUCCUAGUUGAAACUCAUGAUCAAUUAUUCUCAUAUUACAAAUCAAGCCUCAUGAAGCAUCUUAGGGAAUUGGCUCACAUCUUUGACAUUAAGGGUCAAAUGGAGAUGACAAAUAAACUUUGUGAGAAAUUGCUAAAGCAGAAGGAUCAGCAUCGUGACAUUGCCAGCAUAGCUAUGAAGGCUAUGGUUGCUGAAGUUUCUACUAAAUCACUUGCACAGUCUAUUCUUGGGUCUAUUUUACCGCAGUUGAUAAAAGGAAGUACUGCCCGGGGAAUGAACACAGAGAUAAAAUGUGAAUGUCCUGAUAUCUUAUGUUAUGCCCUUCAUAAGUUUGGCAAUAUUAUGGCAACCGACCAUGAGCUGUUGUUGGGUGCUCUCUUGUCUCAGUUGAGCUCCAAUCAGAAAAACGUGGGGAAGAAAAGUGUGUCAUGCAUCGCAUCACUUGCUUCAAGCUUGUAAUAUGAUUUGUUGGCAAAAGCUACUGUUAGAGUUGUUCAGCACUUGAGCAAUAAAGGCACAAAAUAUAAAAUGACUCAAACCUCUUUGUCUCAGGUAUUCACUACUUUGAAUUUCAAUUAUCAAGAUGUUAGAAGAGCUUUUGAGAGUUUCUUGUCUGCUAUGAUUAAGAUCUAUAACCAUAGUCUCUUGAACUCUAAAGUUGAAGAAGAAAAUUGGCCUCGUGAUGAUAGGAUUGAGAAAAUGAAUGGGGAUGUCGAUAAAUUGUUUGAGAACUGGUCAACUGGAGAAACUACUCUUGAUAGUUUUCUAGUUGCUGCUGGGUUGGCUUAUGAUACUGAUUUAAUUGAUAUGGCACCGCUUGGUAGUUCUGAAAUGGUUAAUAGGGGGUUAAAUAAUAGACAGAUUUUUACUUCCUUGUCAUUGAUGGAAAUAUUACUGUCCCGGGUGUUUAGAGUGGAAACUGAUGAGAAAAAUCAAGUAUCUGUACGUCGAUGGCUUAUUUGUUGCUUAUUACUCUGUGAUUGCAAAAAGAAAGUUCCUACACUGGCUGGUAAUCUGUACAGCUGGUUGAAUGGUGAUAUUCUUUGUUUACUUCUUGAGAACAAAUCGGAGAAAAUGAGUUUGUUGUUUGCUGAAAAGUUUGAGAAGAUGGAAGGUAAUGCUAGAAUGAUGUUCGAUGACAUUUGGGGAAGAUGGAAAUCUAUAGUAAUUGCUGCAAUUAAGUACUGUACCGAAGAUGAUUCUAUGUUCAAGGACAACCAAGGAACACCGGAGCUGCCUGAUGGCCUUGUUUAUUUUACAACGACUCUUGUUGAGCUGUUAGUGGAUAAUUGUCAGCUUUUAAGAUCUACUACAUUUGUGCAGAAGUGUUUCUCUCGUGGUUGGGCCUCUGCAAUUGCACCAAUAUCUUGGAAGGAUGUGGAAAUCAAGUUAUUUGCUCUUAAUGUGGUCGUGGAGGUAAUCCUACAGAAAAGCCAAAUCUUUGAUUUCUUGGUCAUUAUCCUGUUGAUGGUUUGGUCCAUUAGGCCUUUGGAUGAACUUAAGGGUAGUAUGUGCACUCUACAUAGAUCUCUUGCAGACGUUGUUGACUCCUAUUCUAUGUGGAUCUCUGUUUUUCAAACAAUUGCUAGACCCUUGUUGUUAUUUCUUGCUGCCGGAAUAUCAGAAACCUUAUCCUCGAGUUCUUAUGCAUCUGCAUGGCGUAAAAUUUUUGAAGAUGCCUCUGCAGUGAUGUAUGAACCUUCAAAUUUGGAGAUAUUGAUGGGGAUAGGAGAGGGUCUCGAGAACAUUCAUUUACCUUUGGAAGAUGAGGAAGAAGUUGUUAGUGCAGUUAGUCUGAUCUGUGGUUCUAUUUAUAACAAAGAAUUAAUGAGAAACCUAUUGGCUAGAUUGCUUUCUUCUAGCUUUGAAGCUAUUGGGAAAUUUGUUGAUAACAAUCAUUGCCUCUGACAAAAACCUGCCACCUGUACACAAAUUUUGAAUGCUGGUGCUGGAGUGAUUUACAGGAUGGGAACUGUAUUCAACCAUCUUGUAACAUCAGGGCAGAGUGCAUAUUCUGGAGAUAGUUGUAUGCUUGUGCUAUUGCAUGUGUUUUGGCCAAUGCUAGAUAAACUUUUCAGGUCUGAGCACAUGGAAAAUGAUGGGAAGAAAAAAAUAUUUGUGCAAGAGAUCUACGGAAAAUGUGCUGCACUUGUAAUUAUUCCAAUAGAUUCAGAAGAAGAUGAACAACCAUUGUUUCUCAAUUUCGUUUUGCAGGUCCUUGAUUUCUCUACUUAUUUAGAUGAUAAUCUUGACACCUUAGCCCAUGAUCUUGGUGACAAUAGCCUUGCUGCUCUUCAUUGCAUUGACACCACUGUUGUUGAGAUGUUGAACACAAGUGUUGUUGGUUGGCUUCAUCUUAUUCUCUGCUUAUUAACUCAUGGAUUGAAUGAUUGGAAAAGGAGUCGUGGAUAUCAUGUUGUUCUCAGUCUUCAACACUUGAAGAUUCACCUCUUUGUGUUUACUGCUUGGCCUAGAGCUAUUAUUGUUGCUGUGCUUGCAAUUCUCAUAUUUGAGAUUGAGGUCAAGCUUCAAGUGAAGAGGGGUGGAGUUGUUAGGACCCCAAUUCCUAUUGGGCUUACUAUGACUACCCAGCCCAUCCUUAUGACCCGUUACUGAUUUAUGCAAGCUGACGGUGUCAUUUUGGUCUAGUGAUGAGUUGAUUGUAAGGGACUAUAUAGCUCAGUUUCUCAUCUGUAUUCGGUAGGCUUGAAAUGAAUGAAGUUUAGUUUUACUUUUCUCUACAAUUUCCAUUUCUUAUUAGUUUAGGGUCCUAUUAUCUGAUUUGUGGUUUUCUUCUCUAUUGGUUUUCAAUGAAGUAGAUGAUAGUAAGGUUUCCUUGAUGGAUUGUAGUUUUCAUGUCAGAGUGUUGUAGUUAUGGAUGAAUUUUUGUUAUUUGGUGAAUUGAUUUGAUUUGUAUGGUUUUGGCUUUAGAUUAGAUUAGUUGUGAAUGAUCUGUAUGGUUUUGUGUUUUGAUAACUAUCAAUUAGUUUUUCAAUGAUUCAGAUUGAUAUAUUGUGUUGACCCAUUCAUCUGUUGUUUGAUAAUGAUUUGCAUGUGUUUGCAAAAUUGUUGGUUUAUUUUUUUUAUUUUCUUUGAUGGUUGUAUACUUUGGGUGUUCAAUGUCCUUAGUCAGAUAAGAGAGUUGUAAUUAAUCAAAACACAUAUUACUACACCAGGAAGCAACGUCCUUAGUCGUGCUAAUUCCUUGAUUUCAUUCCAUCUAUAUAAGGCUGGAAUUAAUUGGUAUUAGUCUUCCUGUUGUUUUUGCAUUUAAGUCUUCAACUUUAUAAUUCUAUGUCCAGUUCUAUAUUAAUUUGAUAGAAAUGAUGAUAUUUGUAAGAGUACUAUCAUCUUCAAUAUCCAUGGUAUCCUUGAUAUUUCUCAACGUGUGCCUGCAAUAGGUGUAAUUCUUUUCUGAUAUUUCAUGUAGUAUUUUUAUGUAAGUUUCCUUAUAAUUUCUCUAAUGUCACAAUGAUAUAGCUGUAUUUUCAGACUCUUGAUAUCUCAGUUACCAUUAAUAUUCAAAAAACCUUCUUGUUACAUUAAUAACUGAAGGUUGACCAUGAAUUAUAAAUGUAACAUAAGAUAUGAUGGAUAUAUAUAUAUAUAUAUUACAUUUGAUUGGCUGUUAUAUCUAUUGAAGGGUCUUGAAGAGAAGACACAUAGCAGCCUGAAGAAGUUGUAUGUUAUGUGAUUUGUUUAAGUAUGCAACCUAUGAAAAUUGAAUAAUCAAAGAUCAGAUUGAACUGUAUACAGCAUAUAUUACACAGACUAUACGUUUGUCUGUAAAUGCAUGCAUCAAACAUGUGAAUGCAGACGUACGUGUAUAUUAGUCAUGGUACUGUAUUUAUGCCCCCAAAGUGGUCCUUGGGUUAUCAACAAUGUCGCUGGAGCUAUGACUCUGAUAAGAGAGUUCAAGAGGUUACAAGAACUUUUCGGGAGAAAAAGAUUCCUUGUGAUGUCAUAUGGAUGGAUAUUGAUUAUAUGGAUGGUUUAUGUUGUUUCACUUUUGACAAGGACUGUUUUCAAGAUCCAAAAUCCUUGGUGAAGGAUCUCCACCAAAAUGGUUUCAAGGCAAUAUGGAUGCUUGACCCAGGGAUAAAAGUGGAAGAUGGUUAUUUUGUGUAUGAUAGUGGUUCUAAAACUGAUGUCUGGAUUUCGAAAGCAGAUGGAAAACCUUUUGUUGGGGAGGUGUGGCCUGGGCCUUGUGUUUUCCCAGACUUUACACAGGCAAAAGUUCGAUCGUGGUGGUCCAAUUUAGUCAAAGAUUUCAUUUGUAAUGGUGUUGAUAGUAUAUGGAAUGACAUGAAUGAACCAGCUGUUUUUAAGGUUGUCACAAAAACAAUGCCUGAGAGCAAUAUCCAUAAGGGGGAUGAUGAACUGGGAGGCUGCCAGAAUCACUCACACUACCACAAUGUCUAUGGGUUACUGAUGGCAAGAUCAACUUAUGAAGGGAUGAAAUUGGGUAAUGCAAAGAAACGUCCUUUUGUCCUCACAAGAGCUGGAUUUAUUGGUAGCCAGCGGUAUGCUGCAACAUGGACCGAAGACAAUCUUUCAACUUGGGAACACCUUCAUAUGAGUAUUCCCAUGGUACUUCAAUUGGGACUUAGUGGUCAGCCAUUGUCGGGGCCUGAUAUUGGUGGCUUUGCUGGAAAUGCAACACCUGAGCUUUUUGGAAGAUGGGUGGGUAUAGGUUCUCUGUUUCCCUUUUGCCAUGGGCACUCUGAAAAGGACACCGCUGACCAUGAGCCGUGGUCUUUUGGGGAAGAGUGUGAAGAAGUAUGCCGCUUGGCAUUGAGGAGGCGCUACUGCCUUAUAUCUCAUUUAUACACUCUCUUCUAUAUGGCUCAUACGACUGGUACUCCAGUGGCAAGUCCUACAUUUUUUGCUGAUCCCAAAGAUACCAGCUUAAGUAAAUUGGAGACUUCUUUUUUGUUGGGUCCAGUUCUUGUGUAUGCAAGCACUGCAGUUGGUCGGGGGGUGGAUGCUUUGCAGUGCACAUUGCCCAAAGGAAUCUGGAUGAGUUUCGAUUUUGAUGAUUCACAUCCAGAUUUACCAGCAUUAUAUUUGCAAGGUGGAGCAAUUAUUCCUGUGGGUCCUCCUCAUCAGCAUGUUGGUGAAUCUAAUAUAUUAGAUGACUUGACACUCCUUGUGGCUUUAAAUGAACAUGGGAAAGCUGAAGGUGUUAUAUAUGAAGAUGAUGGUGAUGGAUAUGAAUUCCUGGAAGGAGGAUUCUUGUUGACACACUAUGUUGCUGAACUUCAAUCAUCAACACUUACUCUCAAAAUUUCAAAAACUGAAGGAUCUUGGAAGAGGCCAAACCGUCGCUUGCAUGUGCAAUUAUUGCUUGGUGGAGGUGCCAUGGUUGAUAUAUGGGGUGAGGAUGGAGAGAUUCUUCAACUUUCAAUGCCUUCAGAACAGGAGGUCUCACAGCUGGUUUCUACCAGUGAGAAACAGUACAGAACUCGUUUGGAUUUUGCUUUCAGCUUUCGAGUGUGCGCAGUCGCAGUGCAAUGAGAGGAACAAUGAGUUCAGUUUGCUGGUGAGCUUCAACCCAAGGGUUGUAACUACCACUUGAAGGUUCCUUCCGGGGAUCCCAAGAUGCUUAAUAGACAAGUGGUGAAAUCUGAGUUUCCUACUAUUAAGGUGCUUGGAAUGGAUCUUGAAUUAGUGAUGGCAAUUCUUUAUACAUAUUUGCUCUUCCAUCUUGCGUUUUGCCAAGUGACAGUUUUCUGUUAAAUUGAGAUUGGCAAAAUGAAAAGAAACUGCUUUUCUGUGUAUUCAUGUCCGAAUGUAACUUGGAAGCUCUUUUAUUUGAGAAAGCUAAUUAACUGUUAAAAGUGGAGACAAUAAUAGUUCUUUCUUGCAUCUUUGGUUCUCGGAUUUUGCCUGUGAAUUUCAUCAAGUGCAAGACGCCCUUAAGUACAAGGUGAGGCUGCAGUUUGUUCUUGGCUGAAGAGAACUAAGAAGGUUCCGAAGAGGAGUGCAAAAUCAAAUCAGAAACUGGCAAAGAAAUAUGAGAAUAACAAAGACGACGAAGAGGAUCAAGAAGAAGCUGAUGAAGAUGAGAAGGAAGAGAAUGAUGCCCAGGACUAAUAUGUGAUUUGCAUUUUGAUUGGGUCCAGUUUGUGACGAGAAGAUUGGGUUGAAAACAAGUGGAACAGAUAGAGGUUCUGGGCGGUUGGUUGGGCUGAUUGGGGAAAACGGUGGAGCUGCAGACGCCAAAAAUCUACGGGUGAAGUUACUGUGGGUGUGGAAAAGUGCAAACUUGAAGAUUAUAGGAUGACAUUUUAUCUUUCUUGGUGUGGGAAGCGGUGGGAAUAGAGAAUUGCGGACUAAAUCUCCUCCAAAAGAUAGUCUGUGACUGUCAGCGGGCUGUUUUGGUCCUCCUUGGCUCCUUGGCCGAGCCUAGGUCCAGUCCUUCCACUUCUAUGUACCCGA